AUGGAAUAGCCCUGAAUCUCGACGAUGACAAGGUGUACUGGGCGGACCAAUAUCGUGACGUUAUUGGGAUGGCAAACCUUGAUGGGACCAGUAAGACGGAUCUACUCACAUCAGGCUUUAAUUCUUAUCCAAAUGCAAUCGUCUACUCAUCUUUUCGAAGGAAAAUCUUCUGGACCGAUAAAGGACAGUACCCGAAAAUUGAAAUGGCUAAUGCGGACGGGACGGAACGAGUGACGCUUCUUGAUGGGGAUGUGGAUUCUAAUUUCACGGAUCCGACUGGGAUAUGCCUUGGUCCUACCGAACAAUUACUCUACUGGACCGAUACAACGGAGAACACAAUUGAAGUUCUGAAUCUAGAUGAUAGGCAGCGCUUUUCAACUACCAUUGGAAAUUCAACGUAUGUGCACGAUAUUCACCCGUUUGGGAUCGCUAGGUAUUUCGAGGAUAUCUAUUUUUCUGACAUCCGGUUUGACGGAGUCUACGUCAUCGAUUUUCCGGCCGGAAACGUAGCUCUUGCAAGCAUGAAGUUGCCUAUCCCAGCAGAGAUUCACAUUUACGCAGAUACAUCUUGUCCAGGAGGUAACUUUUGUGCAUCUACUGGGACAUGCGUUAUUAACCAACGUCAACCGGACGCUACCUUUCGGUGUAUUUGUGACGAAGGAUAUAACGGAAAACACUGUGAUUUAAACAUCGACGAUUGUGUUCCAGAUCUUUGCAUGAAUGGAGGAACAUGUACCGAUGGAAUAAACUCCUUUACUUGCGAUUGUGUUGCCGGUUAUACUAACAAUAUCUGCUCAGAAAAAUAUUAG